AUGUUGAAAUCUUCACACGUUUUCAUUUGUGGUCGUGCCACCCGGCCCGGGCGUUUUUACCUGCCCCCGGGUGGCUCGACCGGCCGGCCUCUGGUCCCGCGCAGCUCGACCGGCCGGCCUGUGCACGCGGUGGCGUACCCACGCUAUGUGGGCGCCAUCUUAUUGUAUGCUUGUUGCAUCAAAUUGUACUAUCUCUUUACCCUGAUGAGGUGUUGGUGGUGCAAUGCCACCGGGGAGCUUAUGCGGAGCUCGGCCCCUCCAAUCCCGGCACUGCGGCCCCCAUAUCCCCGACGCAGCGCUCGAGCUCGUCUCCGAGCGAGCUUGCUGGCGGCUCUGUCGGGCACUCGACGCAGGCUCGAAUUGUUUGGGCCGAGCUUGCUUGCGGAGUCCGCUUUGGCCCGCGAGCCGCGCUCAGCUCGAUUCGAGCGAGCUUGCUGCGGGGCUCUGGAGCCCUGCCCGCGGCCUGGUGGGCCAUCUCGUAGCGAGAUGGAGUGUCCUCGCGCGGGGCAUUGGGGUCGGGGGGUUGGUACGGGGGAGGGGGCGGGCAGUGACUGCCGCCUCUUCGGAGAUUGGGGGAGGAUCAGGGCUGAAGGCGCGCAUGUCGGGUGCCUUCCGCUCCCAAGCGACGCGCUCUCCAGCGAUGAGUGCGGCUCAGGCGAGGCGACCGGCUGUCCGGGUCAGACAAAUCAACAACGCAGUUCUUGUAUUGCAAACGCUCUCCAAUGGACGGACGUCGCGCAGUCUUUAAACAGACGUGUCGUUCGGGGUGUCAUUACGAAUCCUCCUCCCCCACACAUCACGGAUCCGGUCGAGUUUCUCAACCGUUGUCGUGUUCCCUUCCAUUAUAAGAUGUUUGAAGAGCUCAAUAACGCUCUCGACCGACCUAGUUUCAAAAUUUUCGCGCAACUCGAGUGUCAGUUUUUGAUUGAGAAAGAGAACGUCGAGACGCACGAAAUCUUAGGGGUGCUGCAGCCCAUCUUUCUUUCGGCACGGACUGCAGUGUUAUCGUGA